AUGUUAAGCCGCGCAACACCUUUCGAUCAAGACUUGUCAUCCUGGGAUGUUUCUUCUGUGACUGACAUGAGUUUCAUGUUUCGUGAGGCAUCGUCCUUCAAUCACGACAUAUCAUCCUGGGAUGUUUCUUCUGUGAGAGAUAUGAGUUCCAUGUUCAGUUCUGCAACAGCCUUCAAUCACGACUUGUCAUCCUGGGAUGUAUCUUCUGUGACUGGCAUGAGUUCCAUGUUCGAAUUUGCAGAAGCCUUCAACCAAGACUUGUCAUCCUGGGAUAUUUCUUCUGUGACUGACACGAGUUACAUGUUCGUUGCUGCAACAUCCUUCAAUCAGGAUCUUUGUGCGUGGGGUUCUUGGCUUCCGAGCAAUGCUAAUGUUUUUUUGAUGUUCCUUGGUUGCGGUGGUGCUAGUGGUUGCCCAUCACCUUCCGAUCCAGACCUCGGUGCCACUCCACCAGGUCCAUUCUGCCACAUAUGUGUCCCUACACUGUAG